AUGGCAUCUCAAAAUAAUAACAAUUUGGGAGGAAUAUUUUCAACAAGUGCAGAUAGUUCAAGUAGUGGAAGUUGCUCAGAAUAUGCAGGAUCUCCAUCCAACAGUUAUUUCAUUACACCUAAUUCUCCAACACAACACACUAUUCCACCAUUAUUAUCAUCAUACAAUCCUCAAUCAAUUAGACCAAAUAUUUAUAACAGUUUAGUUGAUAAUAAUAAUAAUAAUACUAAUACAAAUACUAAUACAAAUACAAAUACAAAUAAUAAUAGUAAUAAUAAUAAUAACAACAACAACAAUAAUAAUAAUAGUGAAGAGAAAAUAUUUAAUUUUAGUUCACUUUUAGAAGCAAUAAGAGUAGAUGAUAAAGAAUUAAUUGUUGAAUUUUGUAGAUUGAAUAAAAACUUAACCAAAUUGGAUCUAAGAGAUGGUGAUGGCAGAACUCCAAUUCAUUAUUGUAUAGAAUAUGAUUCUUAUGGUUCUUUAGAUAUAAUAUUAUCAUCUUGGGUAAUAACUUUAGGUGAUUUAAAUUUAAAAGAUAAAGAUGAUUGGACUCCAUUACAUUAUGCAGCAUUAUUUGAUAGAAUUGAAUGUGCAUUGAUAUUAGUUCAAAAUGGUGCUAAUAUCAAUUGUUUAACCAAUGAAAAUUGGACACCAUUACAUAUAGCAUCAUGGAGAGGUCAUUCAGAUUUUGUUUCAAUGUUAAUUGAAAAGAGAUCAAAAUUAACAUUAAAAACAAAAGAUGGUUUAACAGCUCAUCAAUUAGCAUUAAAUUCAUUUCAUUUCUCAAUUGCAAAUGAAAUUUCUGAAGCAUUAUUAAUUAAAGGUGAUGGUGAACGUAUUUCAAAUAAUCAAAAUAAUAGUGGUGGUGGUGGUGGUGGUGGUGGUGGUGGUAGUACUUCAAGCAGUACAAGUAGUAAUAAUCAAAAUAAUAAUCAAAACAAUAAUCAAAGUAAUAAUAAUAAUAAUAAUUUAAUUUCAAAUAUAUUAGAUGAAAGUUUAAAUGAAGAGAUAAUAACAUUAUUUAAAAGAUCAUCAAAACCUCAAUUAGAAUCAAAUAUUAAUUAUAAUUUAGUUAAAGAUCAUAAUGGAGUUACACCAUUACAUUUAGCAGCAGUUAGAAAUGGAAUUGAAACAAUAGUUUUAUUAAUAAAGAAUCAUAAUAUGAAUGUAAAUAUUCAAGAUAAUUCAGGAAAGACACCAUUACAUUUUGCAGCAUAUAAUGCAAAAUUGGAAGCAAUGAAAACAUUGAUUGAAAAUGGUGCAAAUGUAAAUAUGUGUUUAGUUGAUCAUAGUAAUCAUAGUUUAAUUUUAAAUCAAUAUUUAAAUAAUUUUAGUAAUAGUGGUAAUAGUGUUGGAGUUUUAGUGAAUAAUAGUAUAAUAAAUCAUCAACAACAACAACAAUUACAAAAUCAAAAUAAAUUUAAAAAAGAAUAUGGAAUCACAGCAUUACAUGAAGGUGCAUAUUCUGGUGAUGUCAAAGUAUUGGAUUUGUUAUUAAAUAAUGGUGCAUUUGUAAAUGCAAAAUCAUAUUAUGGCACAUCAUUACAUUAUGCAACAUCGAUUGGGUCAGUUGAAUGUGUGAAAUAUUUAUUAGCAAAUGGAGUGGAUGCUAGAAUUAGAAAUGAUCAAGGUAUGACUGCAUUACAUGUCGCAGCAUUUCAUGGUUAUUCAAAUUGUUUGGACGAAUUAGCAUUAUCAAAUGGUGGGGCAGAGGUGAAUUCAAAAUGUAGAGAUGGUAGUACACCAUUGAUGAAAGCUACUAUGGGUGCAGCAGGCUCAGAGAAUAGAGAUGUGUCUUGUGUGGUUUCAUUAUUGGAUAAAGGUGCAGAUCCAAAUAUUACCAAUGAAAUGAAUGAAAAUGCAUUACAUGUUGCAUCUUAUUAUGGCCUUUCAGAGAUUACUCAAACAUUGAUUGGGCGUGGUAGUAAUUUAGAAGCAAAAGAUAAAUGGGGUGAAACUGCUCUUCAUAAAUGUGUAUAUCAAAAUCAUUCAAAAGUUUUGGAGAUUCUAAUUGGUAUGGGUGCAAGAAUUAAUUCAGAAAAUUUCGAAGGUGAAAGUGCAUUACAUGUGGCCGUUCGAAAGAAUAGUAGUGAAUGUGCUCAUAUAUUGGCAUCUUGCAAAGGUGUAAAUUUAAAUUGUGUAAACAAAUAUGGUGAAACACCACUUCAUUAUGCCUGUUCAAAUGGUUUAAUCGAAUUGGCAAUGAUGUUCCUUGAAAAGGGCGCAAUACCUCAUAUACCUGAUAGCCAAGGUGAUAUACCAUUAAUGGUUGCACUAAGAAGAGGAUUCACUGAAAUAUCAUUAACUCUAAUUAGAUGGGGUGUUCAAGGUGGUUCAAAAGUUUCACCUUUUAUAAAAAAUGAAUUAAAAACUUCAAUCAAUAAUAAUAAUAAUAAUAAUAAUAAUAAUAAUAAUAAUAAUAAUAAUAAUAAUAAUAAUAAUAAUAAUAAUAGUAGUAAUAAUAAUAAUAAUAAUAAUAAUAAUAAUAAUAAUAAUAAUAAUAAUAAUAAUAAUAAUAAUAAUAAUAAUAAUAAUAAUAAUAAUGUUGUAUCUUCUUCUUCUUCACCAACAACUUCAAGUUUACCAAUACCUGUACCAACAUCUUCUUCUUUAUCAAAUUCAUCAUCAUCCUCACCAUCAUUAUCAACAUUAGCAUUAGGUUCACCAUCAUUAUCUUCUUUGAGUGGUACUAGUGUAAUCAAUAAUAAUAAUUUAAAUAAUAGUCGUGAUCAUUCAAUUACAAUUACUCAUCAUGGUAGUUUUUCAGGUAAUGUUGGUGAAAGUCCAAUGGUAUCACCAAUGUUAAGAGUUAAUAAUUAUAAUGAACAUGCAUUACAUGCAGCUGCAAUGGCAGGUUAUUCAGAUUGUGUGUUGGCAUUGUUAGGUGUUGGUGCUGAUAUUAAUCAACCAGAGUGUUAUGGUAAUACCCCAUUGCAUGGUGCAUGCUAUACAGAGAAUGCCGAUUUAGUAGAUAUGAUGAUUACAAUGGGUGCCGAUGUAAAUAGAACCAAUAAAGAUUUAGUUACACCACUUCAUGUCGCUGCUUUAAUGGGUAAUUCACGUGUUGUUGAAAUUUUAGUUGCUCGUGGAGCAAAUUGUACCCUUUGUGAUAGAAAUGGUGAUACACCUUUGCAUGGUGCUUCAUUAUCUGGUGAUAUUCAAUCGAUUCAAUAUAUUUUAAUGGGUAAACCACCUUCAUCAGUGCCAAUCGAUGUUAAAAAUGCAAAACAAUGGACUCCACUUCAUAUGUCUGCUUCAUCGGGUCAUAUUAAAAGUACAAAAUUCUUAAUUCAACAUGGCGCAAAUCCUCAUCUCAAAAAUAUUUCUGGUGAUACUCCUUAUGAUCAAGCUAUCUCUGCUGGUCAUGUUGAUGUUUCUGCUUUCCUAAAAAAUAUUAAACCAAAGAAAUCUUUUGGUUUAUUUUAA